AUGGCUUGUACUCGAGGAGGUUCCUCUUCACAUCGCGGAGAGAGUUCGUCACAGGGUGAGAGGCGGAGACCUACAGCUUCUGCUCGUAGAAGACGUGGAGCAGUUGAGUCUGAUAUUCAUGUUGAGGACCAAGGAGAUGUGAGGUUUCACGAGGAUGCAGUUGAGGAUCAUGAGGAUGUUGUUGAAGGUGGAUUUCCUGGAGGUCCAUUAAAUGCUUCCGUAUUGACACAUUACAUUCACCAUGUUGCUUAUGCGAUAUGGCAGGGUCGGGAACGGGAGGAGAUCAAGUUGAUCUCCCAUGGGAAGAAGUUAAACAGAUUAGGAUCCUGCCAUGAGGGCAUUAGAGACAUCGUUAAUGGUUCUGGUCUGAUGUCUUUGGUGGGCAUGUCAUAUGACUAUGUCGAUAGGGGUCUACUGCUGGCAUUUGUAGAGAGAUUUCAUUUCGAGACUAGCAGUUUCCAUCUCCCCGUGGGCGUGGAUGGCGGGAGAGCUGGUGCUGAGUUAACUGCAGCUCACGGUGUGAAAGUUAGAUUGAGCUGGCUUCGAGACAUCUAUGUUGAGCACUGUGAACAGCAACAGUGGGAGUAUGCUGCCCGGGCAUACUUGUUGCAUCUAGUUGGAUGCAGUAUAUUUGCUGAUAAGACUGCAACAUCCAUUCGCGUGUCUUAUCUUUUGCUCUUUAGAAACGUACACACAUGUGGCCGAUAUGCCUGGGGCGUUGCUGCACUAGCAUACAUGUAUGACCAGCUAGGAGAUGCCAACUUGGCUUCGACCAGACAGAUGGCAGGUUAUUUGACUCUGUUACAGAGUUGGAUAUAUGAGCACUUCCCUACAUUGGGAAGAAGGCGUAUGGUGUCUUCAUACAUGGAAGACAGACCUCGUGCUGCAAAGUGGGAGUCACCAAGGCAAGGUUCCACCCUCUUAGAGGUCAGGGUACACUUGGAUGCGCUUACAUAUGAUUCAGUCAUCUGGUACCCUUAUGAGUCACAUCGGGAGAGUCGUCCUUUUUACGGCGUGUGUAUGUUCUCGGGAUGGAUCAGGAUUGGUGAGACAUUGUGUCGACAUUUUCCUGAGCGUGUUUUGAGGCAGUUUGGAUUUCAGCAGUCCAUCCCUCGAGACCCACCCGUUGUUGCAGAUGCGGACAUACUGGCGACCGAUGAUGUGUGGUUGCACUAUCGUGAUCACGUUGUUAGGGGUGUGUCCGUAAGCAGAUUCCCAUCUGAUUGUGUUGAUGGUUACCUUCAUUGGUUUAGGAUCAUAUCUCAUCCUUACAUUAUUCCUGCUGCUGAUGACGACCGACCGAGUCUUGCUCCCAGACUCCGACGUGACAUUCCUGAUGAAGUGCCGCAGCGUCGUAGAUCGGCCUCAUAG